AUGCCGUUGUCUUCUUGCUUGUUAAGGGCUUUAUGUCUGGUGAUAGGUAUAAACUUUGUCAAGGGGCUUACCAUCACUUCCGAUCCCGGGGCACUAGUGAACAAAACGUUCACGCAUAUCGUUGUAGGUGGUGGUACGGCAGGACUGACUGUGGCUAGUCGGCUCGCUGAGGAACCGUCGUUCAGCAUCGCAGUUAUCGAAGCAGGUCCGGAUGCUCAGAACGAUAGCGUGGUUAACGAUCCAGCGAACGAAGCAACGGUACAGUCCGCCUACAGUUGGCGAUAUUAUACGACCCCACAAGGAAGUAAUGGUGUAAAUUUAUUCCUGAUGCAGGGAAAGGUAUUGGGAGGUAGCUCAUCCACCAACGGGAUGGAGUGGACCCGGGCCACAAUUGAUCAAUACGACACGUUUGAACGUCUUGGCAAUGAUGGUUGGAAUUCGGUCAAUAUGUUCAAGUACAUGAAGAAGUCAGAAGGUUUCAAUCAGCCCUCGUCCUCUCAAACCGCUCUCGGCGCGACUUGGGAUCCCUCACCCUCAGUCCAUAACACCAUGGGUCCGGUCUCCGCAUCGUUCCCUAGUCCUUAUUCUGCUGGCGGCUCCUUUGGAGCGUACAUAUAUUCUCUUCUAGCUUACUUCGCUCCUGUCGGCCUCGUUCAAAACGUAGACGCAUGCUCUGGUAUCCCUAAUGGUGCGGCGCGAGUCGCAUACUCCAUCAUACCUGGUCGGAACACCAGCAAUGAAACGGAAGGUAACAUACGGGCGAGCAGCGCAAGAUCAUACGUUUAUCCUUGCCUAGAGCAGCGGGGUGCAAAAGAAAACCUAGUGAUUUUGGUGCAGCACCAGGCGAUCGGGAUCGUCUGGGGAGACGAUGCUGUGGAUGGAAAUGCGACGGCUGUCGGGGUUAUAUUCGUGAGCACGCCCGUGGAGAAUGGGACCGUUGAUGGUCCCAUAUGGGAGGUGGUGACCACAGAUGAGGUUAUUGUCGCGUCGGGAGCGAUUGGUAGUCCGCAUUUCCUCGAACUUAGUGGUGUCGGAAAUUCGACGAUCCUUUCUUCAGUAAAUAUCCCUGUCAAAAUCGACCUACCCUCCAUCGGGACGAAUCUUCAAGAUCAAGCCCUUGUUUCUGUAGAGUACAAUAGCUCCGCCUCGGUGCCACCUUCCUUCAUCAAUACGACGAACGCCCCUAUUGAGGGAAUCGCCGCAUUCUUCACACUCGGCCAAAUAUUAGGUUUUGGGAACGGAAAUAUGAGUGCUCUGCAGCUCUCAACUAGCGUGCAUGAGAGGGCGAAGUACAUCGUGGCGACUGGCGGAUUUACCAACGAGGAGGCGUUGCAGAGGAUCUUGAAGAUACAGGCGGAGAGUAUGGUCGAUAAUGACGCACCUGUGGUGGAAAUGUCGUGGGGAUCAAUUGAAGGGUUUGUUGGGUCGGUUGUGUGGCCCCUACUACCCCAAAGUCGGGGCACAGUUCACGUCCAGUCCUCCAAUCCCGCUAUCCUUCCGCGUAUAAAUCCGGCCUACCUCCGCGGUCCCUCCUUCGACCUUCACCUCCUCUCCAACGCCACGAAAGCCGCACGUUCAGUCUCCCAGACUGCACCCCUCUCUAGCAUCGUCUCUGAAGAGCUCGUACCCGGUCUCGCCUCAGUGCCGCUCAACGCUUCGGACGAAGUAUGGCAGGACUGGGUCCUGCAGAACAUACAGCCAGUGAAGCAUCCGCUUGGGACCGUGGCGAUGUUACCAAAGGAAAUGGGAGGCCGCAGAUAUUAUCAAGGGCUGUCUCUGAGAGUAAAAUUGGAGUGUAGAACGUAUUACGAACACUUGUCAGAGUUGUUAGAUAAUGGGAAUACAAGCUUUCUGCAGACACUCGAAAACGGGUCAAUCGUGCGGACACAAGUGUCAGAAGUCCUUUCAUUGGAUUCUUUACUGCAGCAUCUCGAACCAUUGAACUAUCCUCCACACGCCUCUUGGUCCAUCUCUUUUCAAGUUCCACUGACCUAA